AGAACCAACUAACAAGAGCCGUCAAGAAAAGAAAAGAAAUAGGUCGAAAGCUUAGAGACACAAGUUCAUGUUGCUAAAAAAUACUUAGUUUUAAUUCGUCCCAGCCAUAUUAGUUAAACUUAUUCAGUUAAAUCAACCAUUUAAGAGGUAUCCUCACGAUGACAGCUGUUUUCAAGAGAUAGAUAACCCAUAACCUCAGCGAGCAAUCAAAGCAAACUUUGUAUACAUGGCAUAAAAGUCUUAGCAAUGGCAGACAAGCACAGCCUGAACUAUGAUGUGAGAGAGCUGAAGCUAGGGGCCAGCUUUACUAACAACAAGUCCUCACAGUACCACACUAUAAAAUAUGACUUUAAACCUGCUUCAGUGGAUGUUAAUAAGAUGGCCACAGUGGAUGUGGGCCUCAAUAACCAAGUGACUGUGACCGUUCCGCAUUUGGAUGGCGCAGGUGUACCACAGACGGUGUUCAAGGGCAGCCAAAGACCUUACGCGAAAGAAUGCGUGCUCAUCAUAGACAGAGUCACAGGGGAGAUCACUCUGGAGAAGCUGUCCAGCAAUAUACAGGUCAAAAAGACAAGACAAGAGUCGGCACAAAAACCGCGGCCACUGACCCCGGUGACUAGCGAGCUCACCAACACCACGCAGCGCUCCACGAGCCGCACUCGCGUGGCCACCAACCGCCGCACACACAACACGGCGCCGCCAGCGCCGGGCGGGCAGCCGGCGCGCUACGGCGGUGCGCAAAAGACACCGCCCAACAUGGUCCGCUCGCCGCAGCGUGUUAAGACUUCCCCUCCACAAGCCGCGCCCUGGUCCGGCGGCGGCAACAGCACGCUAGCCUCGCUGCCGAUGAUCGGGCUCGACGAGCUGGCGGGUCCCGCGCCCGCGCCGGCGCCGGCGCCGGCCCCCGCCCCCGCGCCCGCACACAACGGCUACAGCGCGCCCGCGCCCGCGCCGCCGCCGCAGCACAACGGCUACGCGCCGCGCCACCACGCGCCCGAGCGCGAGCGCGACCACCGCGCGCCGCCGCCCGCGCCGCACCACGAACACCGCGCGCCCGACCAUCGCCCGCCCAACCCGCAGAUCAAUGUGCAGCCGCCCGCGGACGACAGCUCGUCGUCGUCGUCCAGCGACAGCGACUCGGACAGCGGCAGCGAUAGCGACGAUGACUCUGCGCCCCCGCCCGCCAACGGUCCAGCUCCCUCGCUGCCCAGCGAACUGCUCAACGACGAUCUCUGCCUCUCGGAGUCUGGCAGCGACUCCGACUGACCUCACGGAAACUCUUUUCCUUUCACAUUCGCUACGGACGUGCCGAGGCGGCAAGCGUGAUGUUUGCCGCGGGAGUUAUCUUAGGCUAGCACUUCACUUCGCCUUAGGCGCAUAUCACAUGGAUCCGAUUCCCACGUAGUUCCGAAUAUGAGCAAGACAACGCUCUGCGCCAAUUUUAGCGACAUCCUACUCAAACUUCGAAACGACGUGCAAAUCGGAUGCAGUGUGAAAAUCGCCUUAUAUGGUCAAGUUGUUGAUUUAUAGCAUUAUAGAUCACUGAACGUUUGAAAUGUUUGAAUGGACGAAACGAAGUAAAAUCGCCGUAAAUAGAAUUUGUCAACAGUGUAAACAAACCGUUCUAUAAAAUAUCAAUAUUCUAGCACAAUUUUAUUAUUUUAAAGGUUGAGGAUCAUAAUGUGAUAUGAAUUGAUUAAAUAACACAUGGAUUUAGCCAGUAUCUGAUGAGUAAGAAUGAAAAUUAAAAACAUUUUGACUAAAAGGUUUGUUUACAUUGUUCACAAGUUCUUGAAGUUCUAUUGACGGCGACUUUAGGCAAGUAGCGUCAUGUGCAAAUGUGCAAUCAAUGCAAGCCAGUAACGUAUAUUUUGGACACCAGAUGUACUAGCCUACUACGUUUCGGCCCAUAAGAUCGUCUUUACGAAGUAAUAGCAUAGGGCGAAGUAAAUUGCCAGCCUGACUUGAGGUAAGUGGCAAGUGUCAAGUGUGUGCAGGGCUGCAGGCUUAUGGUAAUUCAUGUAUAUUUAUGUUAUAAAUUUCUGGAAGAAACUCUUUAUUAUUAUUAUUUAAAGGUUCCCAUUCGGCAACACCUACUUUAAGUAAUGUUUGAGAUAUGGGAUUGUUACGUUUCGAUAUUAUUGACUGUUUCUGUGAAAAAUUAAGUGAUAUUGUUUAAAAAAUUCUAAAUAUUUAGUAGCAUCAUUUUAUUUAUUUGAUUAAUUCAGAAAGCCUUGACGCUUGCCAUGAUUUCGUCACUUGGUCGCAUUGGCCACAUGUAUCGCACCUCUAUUGCGCGCGAUAGAUAUUUGGCUCAUGUGCUAAGUGAAAUGCGGGAAAUGCCACUCUCGUAAAGUAAGUAACGGUACAUAAACUGGAUAAGUUUAUUAAUGUAUUAGUCAUUUAGCAAAUCACAACAAAUAUCAGUUAUGUAUCCGUAACAUAACAUAAAAAACGUGCCUCAAGUUUAUACAGAAACUUAUAUUUUAUGCCAAUAUUGUAAUACAUUUUACAUAGAUUACGCCAAGAUUGUUUAUACUUUAUAGUAAUAAUGUUAUAUCUUAACAUACGUUUUAUUUAUAAUAUUAUUUUUAAUGAAAUUGCAAUAAUAUAUUUUGUGUACAGCUAGAUGAAGGAAUAUUGGUGGUAUUACGUAAUAGAAAUGAUUUUAUUAUUAUUUAAAAGCGAAUUUGAACAUUCGUGGGGUCCAUGGCAGAAUUCGAUCUCACUAAACCGGGGUGUUCUUGUAAUAUGCCAUAGGGUAGAGCGUUUUCACAAAAUAGCAUUUCGCAGCAUGCAAAUCAGCAUUUUGAACAGUUCCUCUUGUUGUCAUGGCCUGAUAUAAUAUUAUUCUAUAAUUGUUUUGGCACAGUUGUAAGAUUAACAUUACAGGGCUGUGCUUGUAGGUAGGCUCUUAUUACACUAGAUCCGAUUCACACAUCAAUCUGAUGUUUGACCGAAACUGUACGCAUGUUUAUUGGCAAAUUGGCAAAAAGUGAAGCUGACUGUAACAAAUACACGUAAUCUUAUUGAGUGUCAGACAUUAGUGCUAUCGGUAACCGAUGGAACUAAUUUGACGCCAUGGUAUUUAACAUGGCAAAACCUACCAAAUAGCGCAGCGCCAGUCGUGCACGUAACAAAAAGCGAAGUCAAACUAGCCGUGCUGUCGAAUCGAGUGUAAUAAGCGCAGUCAUGUAGACACUUUGUGGUGUUCCAUGCCUUAAAGGCCCUUAUCCUGCAUCUGAAUUAAGGACGAAUUUCUUGAGGACCCUUUUGUUAUGGAGCCACAUUUGUAGUUUUUCUUAUAUCAUAUUAACAUCAAAAGUUUGGUAAAACGGCUCUCAUACUCGCGACGAAUUUAGAUGUAAGAAUACGGGAAUCAUGUUUCUGAUUGUAAAGGGUUAUUGUUUGUUGCGUAUGUAUGUACUAGCAAAACCUGAAAUUGUGUGCCUUCUGAGAAUUUGGUUGCUAGAGAAGACUAGUGUGUUGCUACAUAUAGUUUUUUAAGUGGUAAGGAAUAAAGCUGAGUUUAGACCAGCAAAUUAUUGCUGCAAGUUUUGAGACACCAACUAUAGGUAAGAGUGAGUGGCAAAUAUCUGCAUCUCUUUCUUGCAUAUACUUCUGUCUCAAAACUUGCAACAAUAACUUGCUCGUCUAAAUAGCUUAUGGCCCGCAAUUCGGUGCAACAAAAUAUUUCUGGAAAAAUUGUAAUAGAUUACAUUGGGUUGUUACACUUGAUGCGAUUCGCACAGCGCUUCGGUGUGCGAGAGGGAUUUCGCUAUAAUACGCUCAUAGCGUUGUCUCGCUCAAACAUAAGAACGAUGUGCGAAUAACGUCCAGAAUGGUAACCGCUAUAACGCUAUCUCAUUAAGUAUACUCAACCUGUGAAAGAUUACCUAAACCCUUAUUACAUUUUCAUAAACCCCUAAUAUUUUGACCUUGAUAGUUAAAUAGUGUUUGUAUAUUAUGGUUUAAAUUAUAAAAAAUAACUUGCGGAUAGAAAAACUGCGUAGCAGACAUUGAUUUUGUGAAUAAUAUAUCCUCGAUGCCUAAGUUAAACCUUCUUGGAUAUGUUUAAGUUUUAGUUAAAAAUUGUUUGCUCAAUUUUAGGUUUUGCGGAAUAUUUAUAUUAUACGUGUCAAAGUUAUAUGUGCUUCCAUGCCACGUCAUAGUACACUAACUCUUGUAAAUAGUUACAGUACAAUAAAUGGACUAUAACACCCUUUUUUAGUAAAUAAAAUAAUGUUUUGAA